AUGAACAAUUUAUGUAAAACGAGAAAACGAGAAAACGAGAAAACGAGAAAACGAGAAAACGAGAAAACGAGAAAACGAGAAAACGAGAAAACGAGAAAACGAGAAAACGAGAAAACGAGAAAACGAGAAAACGAGAAAACGAGAAAACGAGAAAACGAGAAAACGAGAAAACGAGAAAACGAGAAAACGAGAAAACGAGAAAACGAGAAAACGAGAAAACGAGAAAACGAGAAAACGAGAAAACGAGAAAACGAGAAAACGAGAAAACGAGAAAACGAGAAAACGAGAAAACGAGAAAACGAGAAAACGAGAAAACGAGAAAACGAGAAAACGAGAAAACGAGAAAACGAGAAAACGAGAAAACGAGAAAACGAGAAAACGAGAAAACGAGAAAACGAGAAAACGAGAAAACGAGAAAACGAGAAAACGAGAAAACGAGAAAACGAGAAAAAUAUUAAAUAA